AUGGGCCAAAGAAGUUCACCAGUGGAGAAUGAACAAUUCAGGCAUGUCACUUACAAAAAAAGACUUGCUCCUAUGCUUGAGGGAGUGGUGAAUGACAGAUUAAAAAAGGAAACAAUUGUAAAUGGUUUUCGUGCCUGUGGUCUUUUUCCGUGGUGUCCAGAUGCCAUUGAUUACUCCAAAUGUAGAACUGUCCAACAUAUUCAAACUGUGCAAAAUGGUAGUGAUUGUCUCACAUUGAAACAAAAUUAUGCAGCAGGAAAUAAGUAUCUAGAAUAUCUAUUAGGUGGUGAUCUAGAGAAAACAUUCAAUGAUCCUAAAUUAGAUGUUAUAGAAUUAGAUGUAGAACAAAAAACUUUAUUUAAAUUAUGGCAAAAGAGUCAAGUUUUGGUAAAUAACAUGGAUGUUUCUGUUUCUGUUGAUUUGGAUAAGGAAGAAACAAUCAAUGAUUUAAUUUUAGUAAAUAAUGAAAGUAAUAAUGCUAUUCCAUUACCAACAUCUACAGAAAAAAGGCAAAAUGACCUAGCAAAAGCUAUAUCACCAUCAGAUCAAGGUACAAGUGUGCCAUCUCCUUUCAAAAGGAAUUUGCUAUGGCCUAAAUCCCCUAAAAAAACUGGGAAAUGUCGUCGACGUCUCAAUUUACCAGCAGUGGUGACAUCAAAAGAAUUUCGGGAGUAUGAAGAGAAUAAAAUGAAUAAAAUAAAAUUGAUGGAACAACAAAAAGAAGAAAGAAAAACAUUUAGAAAAAAAUAA